AACCAUAUGCAAUAUUUUGUUUUGGUAUGCAUUAAUUUUAACCGGGGGUGUGAACAAGCACUGUGUAUUAGUAAAAUGUGAAAGAGUAGGAGUAUAUAAUAAUAAGUUUCUACUUCUUUUCGUUUUGGUGGAAAGCAAAGAUUGGCAUGUUUCAACAUGAAGUACUAUCUCCCAAUAAUGGUUAUGGUUUUGAUACAGUUUAUAUAUUCAGGUAUGACUCUUUGGAAUAGAGUGGCCCUUGUGGAGGGUAUGAGCCCAAGGGUAUUUGUGGUAUAUCGUCAUGCUUUUGCAACCAUUUUUCUUGCUCCCAAUGCUUAUUUAUCAUCAAGGAGAGACUCUACCUCAUGUUCCUUAAAUUUAAGGAGUUUUUGCUUGAUAUUCAUCACCUCACUAAUUGGAAUUACGUUGAAUCAAAAUUUAUUUUAUGAGGGUCUAUAUUUAACGUCUUCUUCAAUUACAAGUGCCAUGACCAAUCUUGUUCCAGCAAUCACAUUUGUAAUAGCAGCCUUUGCGGGAAUGGAGAGAGUGAACAUUCGAAGCUUAAGAACUAUAGCUAAAAUAUUUGGGACAAUAAUAUGUGUUAGUGGAGCAGUGUCCAAUACAUUGUUGAAGGGUCCAAAACUACUAAAUUCUUCUUUAGAAGGUGAUGCAAAUUGGUUGCUUGGAUGUUUGUUUCUUUUUGGAAGCAUGGUUGCAUGGUCAGCUUUUCUCAUUUUACAGGUUCCAGCUUAUGCAAGCCAUCCUAAUUCUUUAUCACUAGCAGCAUGGAUGUGUUUAAUGGCAACAUUACAAUCAUUAGCAGUAACAUUGUUUUUGGAUCCAAAUCUUAAUGCAUGGAAGAUUAUUUCUCUAUUUCAAUUUGGUUGCAUUUUAUAUUCAGGAGUUAUAGGAUCUGGAGUUGCACUUUAUCUUCAAGCAUGGUGCAUUUCAAAGAGAGGGCCUCUUUUCUCUGCAAUGUUUAAUCCUCUUUUAACAUUGAUUGUCACUAUACUAGCUACCUUAUGGCUCCAUGAAGAAAUAUAUAUUGGAAGUUUGAUAGGUGCAAUUGGAGUCAUCAUUGGCUUGUACAUUGUACUUUGGGGUAAAGCUAAAGAUGUAGUUGAUCUUCAAGAGAAAAUUGUUGACAAUGAGUCUUGUGGAAAAACCUAUUUGAAAAGUGGAUUGAAAGACCCUCUAUUACCUAACUAAAAAACCGUUUUGAUAAAUAACUUAUUUGCACUUUAUUAUUA